GACGAUGGACGAGAGCAGCGGUUCAACGCAAUUGACUCCGCAGGAAAUCAACAGCUUGUAUCUCGAGGUCGUUCCUCCCGAUGCGAAAGGUCGGAUUUACGGGAUUGGUGCGUUGGCGAGUCAGCUCGGGGGUGGUGACGCAUCUUCGUCGUCUGUGGUACGUCAUGUAUCUCUGACGCGUGAAGUCGAGGAGCUGAAGAGAAAACACGAGGAGACUUCUGCGGAACUUGUAGCUGCUCGGGAGAAGAUUGCUCAGUUUGAUGCAGCUCAGGCGAAGAUCGCUCGGUUAGAGGAGAUGAUGCAACGUUUUAUGCCUCCGACCGAUUCCGCCGGUUCGUCUGCUCCGAGUCCCGCCGUCAAUCCCGAUCCAUCGGUUCAUCAAGACGAGCAACAUCCCCAAAACCUCGAUGAUUUUCCGGACAAUUUAUUUCGUUAG